AGGUUGGGUUAGGUUAGGUUAUGACAUUCCUGGGUCCAGACCUGUCUCAGGAGGGUUAGGUUAUGUUGAGGUUGGGUUAGGUUAUGUUGAGGUUAUGACAUUCCUGGGUCCAGACCUGUCUCAGGAGGGUUAGGUUAUGUUGAGGUUGGGUUAGGUUAUGUUGAGGUUAUGACAUUCCUGUGUUCCAGACCUGUCUCAGGAGGAGAAUGAGUUGGGGAUGUUUCUGAGGUUCCAGGCAGAACACGACCGCACCAAGGCUGGAAACAUGAUGGACGCAACUAGCAAGGCCCUGUGUGCCUCGGCCAAGCAGAGGCUGGUCCUGUGCCCGCCCCUACACCGGAUGGAGCAGGAGGUGGAGACGUUUCGGCGGCGUGCGAUCGCUGACACGCUCCUGACCGUGACCCGGAUGGAGAAAUCCAGGACGGAAUACCGUGGAGCGCUGCUCUGGAUGAAGGACGUCUCUCAGGAACUCGACCCGGACACCUGUAAAAAUCUGGACAAGUUCCGCAAGGUGCAGUCCCAGGUCAGAGGUUCGAAGGACCUGUUUGAGAAGCUGAAGAACGAUGUGUGUCAGAAGGUUGACAUGCUGGGAGCCUCCCGUUGUAACAUGCUGUCUCACUCACUCUGCACAUACCAGGACCUCCGGGACCCUCUGGAGCAGCUGACUGAUUUAAACCUAACCAACCGGGACCAUAACAAAGAGAAGGCCAUACAGAGUAACAGUUUGGUCUCUCUGGAUGAAGAGAAGCCAUCAGAAUCAGCCUCUGGUACGUACUGACCACUACUGACCCCUACUGGGUUAGUUAUGCUA